AUGGUGUGGCAUGGCCACUUGCACUGGGUUGAUGUGCAAGUGGCCAUUAUCCCGUUUAUACGAGGCGCCGACGGCCAGGCCGAGCAGGAUGGGAUCGGUAUAGCGGCCGUCAUUCUCUGCCCCUACAGCUUUGAAGGAAGCCCGAGACCGGACAGCUACCACGAUGCGAACAAUCUGCUUGCUCUUCGCACGAACCUUGCGGAUGCCGUUCCUAAGAGCACUACCCUCCCCCACGAGGCUUUUCACGCCAUAUUUGGUACCGCAUUUCUGUCAGGCGCUGCGGAGGCGUUCGACAUCGCCCGCUGCCUCAACCUUGCGACGUCAAACGUCGAGGCGGCACGGACAAACCCCGAGAACUACGUCUUCUUCAUUGUUCACAUGUAUCACUUAUUUGGAAAGAAGUCUGGCAACAGCCCCUGGUCUAUCUCCAAACAAUGGGACUUUAAGGUCCAUGGCACGGCUAGGGGUCGGAUUUACGGGGCAAUUGAACCUCCGGAGCCGGAGUAG